UCCCGGCUCCACGAACGAGAUCUGGGGGAGACGAAGACGGAGGGUCCUCUGGAUCAGGAAGAUGUCCUCUCGCUGCAGGAAUGCGCUGAACAUCACGGUCACCACUCUUUUUGCUGCAGUGGUCCUCUUCACCAUCCUGCUGGCCUACGUCACAGGUUACCAGUUCAUCCACACUGAGCAGCACCACCUUUCCUUUGGCCUUUAUGGUGCCUUCCUAUCCCUUCACCUCUUCCUCCAGAGCCUCUUCGCCUUCCUGGAGCAUCGGCGGAUGAGGAGCCCCUCUCGGGCCCAUCACCUCCGCCGCACCGUGGCCCUCUGCAUUGCAGCAUUCCAGGAGGACCCGGACUACCUGAGGAAGUGCCUGCGCAGCGUGCGCCGCAUCUCCUUCCCAGGCCUUAAGGUGGUUCUGGUGGUGGACGGGAACAGGCCUGAGGACCGCUACAUGAUGGAUAUUUUCCAGGAAGUGAUGGGUGGUGCCGAUCAUGCUGGCAGCAUGGUCUGGAAGGGGAACUACCACAGUGAUGGGAGUGGAGGAGGAGACGUCAGAGGUGGAGCCAGGAGCAUGAUCCACAUGGAGGAGGUGUCUCGGGUGGCUCGGCUGGUCAGAGGCUGCCGCUACUCCUGCAUCAUGCAGGAGUGGGGAGGGAAAAGGGAAGUGAUGUACACUGCCUUUAAAGCUCUGGGAGACAGCGUGGACUACGUACAGGUGUGUGACUCCGACACUGUUCUAGACCCAGCUUGUACCAUUGAAAUGCUGAAGAUCCUUGAGGAGGAUCCAAUGGUGGGCGGAGUUGGUGGCGACGUGCAGAUCCUCAACAAGUACGACUCAUGGAUAUCCUUCCUCAGCAGUGUGCGCUACUGGAUGGCCUUCAACGUGGAGCGAGCCUGCCAGUCCUACUUCGGCUGCGUCCAGUGCAUCAGCGGCCCGCUCGGCAUGUACAGGAACUCCUUGCUGCAGCGCUUCUUGGAGCCCUGGUACCACCAGACCUUCCUCGGCUCAAAGUGCAGCUUUGGUGACGACCGCCACCUCACCAAUCGGGUGCUCAGCUUCGGCUACAAGACAAAAUUCACGGCGCGAUCACAGUGUCAGACCGAGACUCCCACCCAGUAUUUACGCUGGCUCAACCAGCAGACUCGGUGGAGCAAGUCUUACUUCCGUGAGUGGCUCUACAAUGCCUUGUGGUUCCACAAGCACAGCCUCUGGAUGACCUACGAAUCUGUGGUCACCGGCUUCUUCCCUUUCUUUCUGGUUGCCACGGUGAUCCACCUCUUCUAUCGCGGGCGGUUGUGGAACAUCCUGCUCUUCUUACUGACGGUCCAGCUGGUUGGCGUGGUGAAGGCCACCUACGCCUGCUUCCUGCGUGGUAGCCUGGUCAUGGUCUUCAUGUCGCUCUACUCUCUGCUUUACAUGUCCAGCCUGCUUCCUGCCAAAAUAUUCGCCUUGCUGACCAUCAACAAGGCCGGAUGGGGCACUUCGGGCCGCAGGAAGAUUGUGGUCAACCUCAUCGGCGCUGUGCCGGUCACAGUGUGGGCCCUGGUGCUGCUUGGAGGCGUGGCAUAUACGGUCUACUGCGAAACCCAGGAGCCACUCAGUGAGACUGAAAAAGUCUUGUUGAUUGCAGGGACGAUACUUUACGCCUGCUACUGGCUCAUUCUGCUGGUGCUUUACCUGGCCAUCGUCGCCAAACGGUGUAACAAGAGGGAGGAGCAGUACCACCUGCCGUAUGCCGAGGCAUGAAACAUUGAGGCUGCUGGGUGCCGAGUUUAGCUGCAGAAGGACUCUGAUGAGGUCUCUAUUGACCCACUAAUGAGCUGGAGUAUCUUCACCACUGGUGCUAAAAAAAAGUGUAAAUCUGGAUUCUGAGAUGACUGGAUCCAUGCAGCUCUCCCAUUUCUAUCAUCCUCACUGGUGCUUCACACUGGACCAUGCAGAACACAUCCAGGUUAUCAGGCGUUGCACAGAAGAACAUAAAGGUAGUCUCUGGCAGCGGGUUAGAUGUACAACUUAGAUUUUAAUGAAUACAAGGCAAAACAGGGAGAAGAGGGAGCGGGAGCUCAUUUUAAUGGUUGUGCAACUGAAGGUCUGAGUUUAGUUGUUGCCGCCAGUGUAAAAACAUCUGACCUCAGGACUUCUAGAAAGUAAAGAGAAGAGAAAGAAGCAGUUAGAGAACAGAACUGAGGCCUUGGUGAGCGCGAAGUCUGAGCCAACAGCAGAGAAAUGUUGGCCAGUUCCUGGUUGCUGAAUUCAUCUCUUCUCAGCAUACCGAGCGUGGACCUGUGACAGAGAACCUGGGUGGGCG